UAUCGUGUCGUAUUAGCUUUUAACAAAGUUGAUUUUUCCUCUCAAACACUAAAAAAAUACUCACUCUUUCGUAUCCUUCUCUCACCUUCUCUAAUCUCCAGUUCUCGACUGUACACAAAACCCUCUGAAAUUCCAUCUGCCAUAACUAGGUUUUGAAAAUCCCCAAAUUUCGAAAUCAAUUCACAUCAAAUUAACCAAAAAUCCAAACCUAUGGAUAGCGCAUUAGCAAGUGCCGCUGCAAUCGGCGAUCAGAGGCAGAAAAUCGAACAAUAUCGUCACAUUCUCUCUACUGUGUUAUCCUCCAAUGAUGUUUCUCAAGCCAAAAAGUUCAUCGAUCACAUGUUGUCGGAUGAUGUUCCGCUGGUGGUUUCGCGGCAGCUUUUGCAGAGUUUUACGCAAGAAUUAGGGAAGUUGGAGGCCGAACUUCAGAAGGAAAUUGCUCAUUAUACCCUUCAGCAGAUUCAACCUCGCGUUGUUUCUUUCGAGGAGCAGGCCCUAACCAUCAGGGAAAAGCUGGCUGAGUUGUAUGAGUCUGAGCAACAAUGGUCAAAAGCAGCUCAGAUGCUCAGUGGAAUUGAUUUGGAUUCUGGAAUGAGAGGGAUUGAUGAUUCCUACAGGCUAUUAAAAUGUGUUCAGAUUGCCCGUUUGUAUCUUGAGGAUGAUGAUGCUGUAAAUGCUGAAGCUUUUAUCAACAAAGCAUCUUUCCUGGUCAGCAACAGCCAAAAUGAAGUAUUAAAUUUGCAAUAUAAGGUUUGUUAUGCAAGGAUCCUAGACUUGAAAAGAAAGUUCUUAGAAGCAGCACUACGAUAUUAUGACAUAUCUCAGAUUGAGAAGCGACAAAUAGGAGAGGAGGAAAUUGACGAAGCAGCACUAGAGCAAGCUUUAUCAGCUGCUGUCACCUGCACGAUAUUGGCUGGUGCUGGGCCCCAACGUUCUCGGGUUCUUGCUACAUUGUACAAGGAUGAACGUUGCUCAAAGUUAAAGAUCUAUCCAAUACUGCAGAAGGUUUAUCUAGAAAGGAUUCUGAGAAAACCUGAGAUCGAUGCAUUUGCAGAAGAAUUGAAACCACAUCAGAAAGCACUUUUGCCCGACAAUUUUACUGUGCUUGAUAGAGCAAUGAUUGAGCACAAUCUUCUAAGUGCUAGUAAACUUUACACGAACAUAAGCUUUGGUGAAUUGGGUACAUUGCUUGGCAUCCCUCCUCAUAAGGCUGAGAAGAUUGCUUCAAAAAUGAUAUAUGAAGAUCGAAUGAGGGGCUCAAUUGAUCAGGUGGAAGCUGUCAUACAUUUUGAAGACGACACAGAGGAACUGCAACAGUGGGACCAGCAGAUAGCUGGCUUAUGUCAAUCCCUUAAUGAUAUCCUUGAUGGCAUGGCGAAGAAAAUUUAUCAAAUUCCUGUUUAAUCAGGAUGCAAUUCAGUCACAGCUGCUGGAAUUGUUGAGGCUGAAGACUUUUGGCAUGACAAUUUAAUUCGUAUAUUGCAGUUGCUCCUGCAUUUGCAUACAAGAGCAAUCAGCUUCUUUGGUUGGGCUUUUCUUCUUUGGGGAGAGAAGGCGCUAGAUAGGGUGUAUAGAAAUCUCACUUGAUGAAACUGAUUCUAACUUGUCAAGGAAGUCAUCAUUUUGCUAAGAUCCUGUCUUCCUUUUUUAAACUCGCUUGUCCAUCUGCUUCUGGUGGACAGUAUCAAUACAAAUUGUUUCAUUUGCACAGAAAGUUCCUGAAUUUUAUUCUUGUCAACCAAUUUUGGUUGUCAAUUUUUCUACUACUUGUUUUCCGGUUGACAAAUUGAAUGCAUUUGGGAAAUUAUCAGUUGUUCCAGGUUUUGUAUUGUAUUGGAUUUUUUGUUGGAUGAUAUCCUCCUCCAAUUGAUGAAAAUUAUGGUGUCAAACAAAGUUAUUUCA